AUGACAAGUCUACAUCACGUCGUGAUUACGGUGUUAAGGCCUCUUAAGUUGCUUGCUGCAGAGGCGCUGAGCCCUUACACAUCAUUGGAUGCGGGCCUUCCGCUAACACACGGACCACCCUCUGUGCUUGAGAAAUGUGCCUUGGUAUUAAAGGCUGAUAAAACUACCGCUGGUCAUCAGAUUCAGUUGCGUACUAGGUGA